AAGUACACUACUACAGAACUGACGCUGUGAAGCAAGGCAAAACAUUUUUGCUUUGUUUCACAAUUUAGUCAGAGAUCUCCAAAUUGUCCAUCAUCACCCAUCAACACUGGGCAGUCUGGAGAAUACUGCAUCAACAACAGGAAGAGGAAAAGCUGAUGACAAUGACUUGACACUGCAUGCUGUGACUAAUAUCACACAUUAUACAGAUCAGAAAUUGGAGAAGCCAGAAACGUAAUUUAGAAAUGAGUGUUAUGUUAAAUACAUACUCAAGGCAGCAAUAAUGCAAUACUCUGUCCUCUCCACCGGCACCAUGUUACCUUGCUUGUCCCUGAGAUGGAGCCUAUUGCUGACAACUACAGGUUUCAUGGUAACAGGUGAUGAAAAGUUAGUACAAGGGAAAAUAGGUCAGGACCUCACUUUGCCCUGCCAUUAUUCUGUGUCUAAAUAUGGGGCCACAACCAUGUGUUGGGGGCGAGGAAGUUGUCCUUCAUCUUUAUGUUCUGACCCAAUUAUCUGGACUGAUACAUCUCAUAAAAUAAUCCCUCAAUCCAGCCGUUACCACCUGAUGGGAGAUAUUAGACAUGGUGAUGUGUCCCUGACCAUUCUGAAUGUCACAGUAAAAGAUGCAGGGAUGUAUUGUUGCCGUGUGGAAAUACCAGGCUUGUUCAAUGAUCUGAAAAUCCAUGUUCAAACUAUGAUCAAGAAAGGAAGCUCAGGUCCAACUUCACUAACGGUACCAGAACCAAGAUGGAUAUCUAGUACAGAACUUCCACCAGACAGUACAGAAGUUCCACCACAUAAUGUUUCUUUAUAUUUCUUCACACUGAUGAAAGAGCAAAGGAAGAAAGAACCUGCUUGGACAGGCUUAUAUGUUGGCAUUGGAGUUUGUUCAGUGUUACUAAUCAUUGUAACUUUGUUGCUACUAAAGUGGUAUUUACUAAAAAAGCAGAAGAUGACUAAUUCUGUAAGUCAGAUGGUCUUUUCAAACUCUGGAGGCAUGCAGCAGGUUCUGGAAGCUGGUGUCCAUGCACUGGAAAACGUUUAUGAUUUCAAAAUACUCCUGAAGUUUGUGAAUUGUAAGCAUUACAAGAUGCAUAUGCUACUGUUUCAUUGGGUCAUGCUUCAAACUUGUAUAGUGAGCACUUUGUCCCAAAACAUGGUAAGAGGAAUGGUGGGCCAAGCUAUCAAUUUGCCAUGCACCUACCAUGUCCGUUGGGCAAGUGAUCUUACUGACAUGUGCUGGGGCCGAGGCAGUUGCCCUAAGUCUAAAUGCAAUGAUGAAAUUCUUCGCACAAAUGGAAGGACAGUGACAUCCAAAAUAUCAAGCCGAUACCACCUGAAAGGCUAUGUGACUAGAGGAGAUGUAUCACUGACUAUUGAAAACCUGAAUGAAAGAGAUAAAGGACUGUACUGUUGUCGUGUUGAAAUCAGGGGCUGGUUCAAUGAUAUAAAAAAGACCCUGAAUCUUCAAGUUGAGAGAGCAACAACCACUAUCUUCACCACAACUAUAACCACAUCUCAGAUGACUACCACUACACUUACCACUACCUCCUUGACAACCACGCCAACAGUACCUUCUACUUUUCGCUUAACAACUAAACCUACUUCCACAUCAACCACUCCUGCUAUUGAUGAUCCAACACUGUCCACAUCUUCUGUGUCAAGAAACAUUGCAGUUACAACUACAGCUCCUUCUUUUCUCUUCAUAACUGAACUUGCUUCGACAACAACCGCUUUUGCUACUGAUGGAACAACAUCGCCUGUGUUUUCUGUAUCAAGAAGCAAUGCAGCUCCUACCACAACUCCAUCUUUUCUCUUAACAACUAAACCUGCUUCUACAACAGUCCUUUCUACUACUGAUGGUCUAACACUCUCCACAUCUUCUGUGUCAACAGCCAGUGCCUUUCUUGUAACUGCUCCACCAUUAUUAGACACCAAAUCAUCACCAACCAGUUUUCAAAAUGACUUUGUUACCACAGAGACUGAUUCUCCUUCUACAGGGCAAACCAUAUGGGAUUUUUCCAGAGAGUAUUAUCCAGUGCUGAUUCCUUCUGCUCUGGUGAUCUGCAGUCUCCCCUUGAUACUAGUGAUACGGCGAAUGAAAUGUAAAAAAAUGGGAAAAUAUGAGUCGGACGGAAUGGAAAGCUUGAACAAACAGGAAGAAGAACCUGAGCAAACAUUUAGUGGAACAGAAGGAGAGAAUGGACUUUUCCCCCUGUAGCAAUCGGCUCUAGCUACACAAAUACAACAUCUGAGAAAAGAAGCAUUUCAAUAGAAAAAAACCCCUUAAUAAUAUAGUCUGCAAAUGAUGCCUGGGGUUUAUUGCUUCCUACUUAAUGACUAACCAUUUAGAUUUGUCACCAUUUGAAUUCUUUUUUUCUGCUUUCACCUCCGUCUUUAAGCAUUCUAGGCAAAGAAUGUGCAAUUACUGCAUCUUUUGCUGAAGGUAUUACUGACAUGAAAAUAAGCUGUAAAUGGGGCUAGCCCUACCAUUAGGCAGAGGGAUGUAACCACUAAUGGCAUCAGAUUUUGAAUGACACAAACUGCAUCAAGUGUGAGUGAUUUUCCUCUCAUUUUAUUUUGAAUACUGGUGGAUUGGUGUUUAUGGAAAUUUUGCUUCCCCUAAGCAUCAUGUAGCUGGCUUUUGCCACUAUAAAUCUUGAGUGGAAGGGAGGGGGAGAUCAUUCUGUUCUGCCUCAGGCAGCAAACUAGUUAGGCUAGUUUUGCUUCUAACCAUCAAUACUUAUUGUGAUAUUAGCAGUACAGUGUUCCCUCGCUACUUCAUGGUUUGCUUUUCGCAACUGUACUCCCAAUGAUACAAAUUAUACCACCUAGAGAUUCACAUUGAUAUAUUUCCAAGUAGGCUUUGAGGGGUGGGGGUGUUGUUAUUUCCAUUGUUCCCAAUCAUAUUGCUAAGGUAGCAGUUAUUCUUCAUAUGUAUACACCAUCACUUUCUUGCUUCAAUCCUGCACUCUUUGGUCCAAGUAAGAUUUUUAAAUCACGCUAGUGGUUAAUAUCUAAAGCAAAAGAAUUGUUCCAAUGCUCCAAAGCAAUUUAAUUCCAUAAGUGUAAUGGUUUGUAGAGCAAUGUAAUGUGUGCUUUGUGGAGUCUGUAUCCUAGGAAUUAAUCAUGCUUUUGAACAAAAUUUGCAUGUUGAAGAUCUUUCUCCAUUAGUGCUGGAUGUCGUCACUCCCAAUUUCAAAAGGGGACUACUUUGUGAAGUAUUCACAACACAUACACAAAUCCCUGUCUUCUUUGUAGUUGGAAAAUCCAUUUCCAAGUCAAGUGAAGUCAACUUUAUUUAUAUCUUGUCCCAUCUCCCCAUGGGACUUGGGGCGGUUUACAGCAUAAAUGGCAGCCAUUCGAUGCCAUACAGUGAAAAUACACAUGCAUAAUAAAUUAAAUGCAGAUAACCAAAAUGAUAAUUUAUCUUAACUAAACAUGAAAACAAAUCAAUAAAACACACAUGACAACAGUGAUCAAAAACCAAUAUAUGCAUGAUAUUGUUUUGGUGCAAACUAGCCAGGUUUUUAUAAAAUUUUAUAUAACCUACUAACCCUGUGUAUUUUCCUGGAAAAUCUUUGGGGUUUUGUUUGGCAUGACCCCCCCCCCCACACACACACACAAUCCUUAGUGAUUUUCUUGCAAAAAACUGACAUGCAUUUCUGCACAGAAUUGUUUCUGGAAACAUUUGAGAAUGUUUGAAUACUGGACAAAAACUUCACAAAUAUUAUUUUUCUUCUGCUGUGGGGAAAAACUGCAUAAAUUAUUUGUUUUUGGAUGCAAGGGUAAAAUGAUUAAAUAUUAUGAGUCCUAGUCAUGAAGAAAGGAAAACAA